AGGAGAGGUCAGCUGUGCUGCCUCUUAGUCUCCAGUCUGGCUGCCCUUUUGGGAAGGAAAUUCAACACAGAGAAAUGUAAGGUACGGCACUGAGGGCGGAAGAACCAAAGGCACAGGCAGCCUAGGAGCCCAGAUGGAAAAUCAGCUGGGCCUGAGUUAGAAAAACCUUUGUGUGCCAUUCGAGCUGAAAGGAGUGGAGCAUUCUGGGAAAGAAUUAUGGAGACGAGCACAACAGGAGAUACACUCAGUUCAGAUGUCCAGCAACAGCAUUUCAGGCAGUCCUGCUACGAGGAGACUCUGGGUCCUCGAGAGGUUUGCAGCCAGCUCCACAAUCUCUGCUGUCAGUGGCUGAAGCCAGAGCGACACACCAAGGCUGAGAUGCUGGACCUGGUGAUCCUGGAGCAGUUCCUUGCUGUCCUUCCCUCAGAGAUGGGGAGCUGGGUGAGAGAGUGUUGCCCAGAGACCAGUUCCCAGGCGGUGGCUUUGGCAGAAGGUUUCCUCCUGAGCCAAGAAGAGGAGAAGAAGCAGGAAAAGCAGGAGAUGCUGGACUCUUUUGCACAUAAGACCACUGAGGGGGAGAAGCCGCCUUUGAAGACGAAGAUGAUAGUCCAGGAUGGAGAUGGGGCAUCUGUUACAAUUGACAAUGGAACACAGGCAGAAGGCACUAGUUCAUCUCUUCAUGUUUCUGUACUAAGAAGAGCUUCUGCGAGACUGGAUCAGGUGAGCUUUGAAGAUGUGGCUGUGGAUUUCGCUGCGGAGGAGUGGGCCCUACUCGAUCCAGGCCAGAGGGCACUUCAUCAGGAAGUAAUGGAGGAGAAUUUAAGGAUUUUAUCUUUUCUAGCAACUGAGAUGGGGGAGAAACCAUUUAAAUUCUUGGAUUGUGGAAAGACUUUCAUUCGGAAGGAAAAUCUCACAUGCCAUCAAGCAACUCGCACAGGGAAGAAACCCUUUAAAUGCUUGAAGUGUGGAAAAUGUUUUACUCUUCAAUCAGUGCAUUCAGGAGAGAAGCCAUUAAAAUGCUUGGAGUGUGGAAAGGGUUUCUGUCAGAAGGCAAACCUCACUUGCCAUCAGUUACCUCACACAAGGGAGAAACCCUUUAGAUGCUUGGAGUGUGGGAAAAGCUUCAGUCAGAAGUUGCACCUUACAUAUCAUCGUGCCUCUCACGCUGGGAGAAAACUGACUGGUCAUCAAGCAACUUACACAAGGAAAAAGCCAUUUAAAUGCUUGGAGUGUGGAAAGAGCUUCAGUCGAAAGGUACGUCUUACUCGUCAUCAAGCGACACACACUGAUGAGAAGCCAUUUAAGUGCAAGGAGUGUGGAAAGAGCUUCUGUCAGAAGCUACAACUGACUGGUCAUCAAGCAAUUCACACAGGGGAAAAGCCAUUUAAAUGCUUAGAGUGUGGAAAAAGCUUUAGUCUAAAAAUGUAUCUCACUCGUCAUCAAGCAACUCACACAGCAGGGAAACCAUUUAGCUGUGUGGAGUGUGGAAAGAGCUUCUGUCAGAAGAAAGCCCUCACUCGUCAUCAAGCAGUUCACACUGGUGAGAAGCCAUUUAAGUGCAUGGAGUGUGGAAAGAGUUUCAGUCAAAAGAAUAGAUUCACUUCUCAUCAAACAAUUCACACUGAAGGUAAACCAUUUAAAUGCCUAGAAUGUGGGAAGAUGUUCAGUCGGAAAUUACAUCUCACACGUCAUCAGGGGACUCACACUGAUGAGAAGCCAUUUAAGUGUGUACAAUGUGGAAAGAGCUUUGGUCAGAAGACACAGCUGGCUGGUCAUCAAGCAACUCAUACAGGGGAGAAGCCAUUUAAAUGUUUGGAGUGUGGAAAAAACUUUAGUCUAAAGAUGUAUCUCAGUCGCCAUCAAGCAACUCACACAGCAGGGAAACCAUUUAACUGUGUGGAGUGUGGGAAAAGCUUCUGUCACAAGAAAAGCCUCACUCAUCAUCAAGCAACUCACACUGGUGAGAUGCCAUUUAAAUGCAUGGAGUGUGGAAAGAGUUUCUAUCAAAAGAAUAACUUGACUUCUCAUCAGACAAUUCACACUAAAGAUAAACUGUUUAAAUGCCUAGAAUGUGGGAAGAUGUUAAGUGGAAAAUUACACCUCACUCGUCAUCAAGCAACUCACACUGGUGUAAAGCCAUUUAAGUGUGUAGAAUGUGGAAAGAGCUUUGGUCAGAAGAUACAACUAACUGGUCAUCAAGCAAAUCAUACAGGGGAGAAGCCAUUUAAAUGUUUGGAGUGUGGAAAAAGCUUCAGUCUAAAGAUGUAUCUCAGUCGUCAUCAAGCAACUCACACAGCAGGGAAAUCGUUUAACUGUGUGGAGUGUGGAAAGAGCUUCUGUCAGAAGAAAGCCCUCACUUGUCAUAAAGCAAUUCACACUGGUGAAAAACAAUUUAACUGCAUGGAGUGUGGAAAGAGUUUCUGUCAGAAGAAAGCCCUCACUCGUCAUCAAGCAACUCACACUGUUGAGAAGCCAUUUAAGUGCACAGAAUGUGGAAAGAGCUUCUGUCAGAAGAUACAACUGACUGGUCAUCAAGCAAAUCAUACAGGAGAGAAGCCAUUUAAAUGUUUGGAGUGUGGAAAAAGCUUCAGUCUAGAGAUGUAUCUCAGUCGCCAUCAAGCAACUCACACAGCAGGGAAACCAUUUAACUGUGUGGAGUGUGGAAAAAGCUUCCGUCACAAGAAAACCCUCACUCGUCAUCAAGCAAUUCACACUGAUGAAAAACCAUUUAAGUAUGUGGAGUGUGGAAAGAGCUUCUGUCAGAAGAAAGUCCUCACUCAUCACCAAGCAGCUCACACAGGGGAAAAACCAUUUACAGUGGGCCCUUGGUAUCCUCUGGGGUUUGGUUCCGGGACUCCCCAUGGAUACCAAAAUCUGUGGAUACUCAAGUUCCAGUAAAUACAAUGGCACAGUAAAAUGAUGUUCCUUAUGUAAAAUGCCAUAAUCAAGGUUUGCUUAUUGGAAUUUGUAUAUUUUAAAAAUAUUUUCAAACCUUUGAUGCUUGAAUCCAUGGAUAAAUAAUCCAAGGAUAGGGAGGGCUCACUGUAAAUGCUUGGAGUGUGGAAAGAGCUUCUUUCAGAAGAAAGACCUCACUGGUCAUCAAACAAUUCACACAGAGCGGGAACCAUUUAAAUACUUGAAGUGUGGAAAGAGUUUCAGUUGAAAGACAAACCUCACUCGUCAUCAGGCAACUCAUACAGCGGGUGAAAUCCUUUAAAUAACUCCUGAGUGGAAAGAGCUAUCACUGGUCUAAAGCAUCAUCAUCAUCAUCAAGCAACUCACACAGGAGAGAAGCCAUUUAACUGCAUGGAGUUUGUAAGGAGAUAACCUUCACUAGUCUUCAGGCAACACACACACAAGUGAAAAAGCAUUCAGAUGCUUAUAAUUUGGGAAUUUUGCUCCACCGUUAUAUUUAAUGGGACUUGAGCAUCCACAGAUUUUGUUAUUGACGGGGGAUUCUGAAACCAAACCCCAGCGGAAAACAAGGACACACUGUAUUUUUGAUCCUGGAUGGUUGAAUCCAUGGAUAAAGAAUCCAUGGAUAUGGAGGACUGACUGUACUCUUUUUGUACUUUAAAGGUGUCUUCCCCACCUGAACUUUUUCCUCUAGAUGGUCUAGAAAACAAAUAAUGCAAUUUUCCAAGAGGACAUUGGGACUUCAACAUGUCUGGAAACUUUCAGAUUGGGGAAGGCUGUCCUGCACAUUAUAACUCAUACGACAGUCUCUCCUGUAUCUCUCCUGUUUUCUCCUCUCUGCCAUUGUCUCCAGCAUGGAUGCCAUUUGGUCACCUUUCAAACAUCUUGUUGAUUAAAAUUUGGUAUGUAGUACUGAAGCUUCAAAAGCUAUUGAGGAAUGAUCCACUGAUUUCAGUUGGAUAAUAUACAAAUCACCUGUAAGCAUGUGAAUUUAGCUACUUGUGUAUUUUGGCUCGAAGAGUGUGUGGAGUAAGGAGAGGUAGGAACCAAGAGAAAAGGAAAUUUGGUGAAGGGAACAAUUUGGAAAACUUCCAACAUGCUUAUGCAAAUGCCUAGCAGUGGAUAAGCAAUGUUACAUACAGGAAAGCAUUGCAAAGAAGUUCUGUGCAAUGUACUUCUGUUUAGACAUAACAAGGGCAUGGAUUUUGUUAAACGAAUCAGCUCUAAACAGACAGGUGUACCCCACCAUAUUCCUCAAAGCCACUCAUUGAAUCAGGGAGUGGACGGAAACAAAAAUGCCGGGGGAAAAGGUGGCCAAGAAAGGAUUCAUUGGACCUGGGUAGAACUGAGGAAAACUAUUCACUCAAUUAUUCAAGUGCCAAACAAUAAAUACAGUAAAGAAUUAAAGUCCACCCUCCUUAUCAGUGGACUUGCUAUCCACAGAUUUAACCAUCCAUGAAUGGCAAGCCUGUUUUCCUUAAUGGUGGCGUGUGUAUAUGCCUGCAUGUCAUGCUGCCAUUAAUUUUUAUUGGACUCAAACAGGUGUGGAUUUUGGUAUUCGCAGUGGGGUCUGAAACAGAUCCCCUGUGAAUAUGGAGGUCUGACUGUACAAAGGGGUUCAUUGCUCUUCAC